AGUCCACCUCUGGGGAGCAGAGAUUGAGUGUUCCCGAUAAUCCCUUUCCCAGUCCUGCCUGACAGCAGGCCUAGGGGCUGCGUACCUGGGCUUCCUGGGACUGUGGCUGGGGUUCGAGGAGAGACCUCGGCACCUACCUGGCUGCAGGAUGAAGCUGGCCACCAGCUCCUUGAUUCUGUGGCUGAGCCUGGGGGGUGGCCUGGCACAGAGCGACACCAGCCCUGACGCAGAGGAGUCCUAUUCCAACUGGGGCCUCCGGCACAUCCGGGGCAGCUUUGAGUCUGUCAACAGCUACUUCGAUUCCUUUCUGGAGCUGCUGGGAGGGAAGAACGGGGUAUGUCAGUACCGGUGCCGAUACGGAAAGGCACCAAUGCCCAGACCUCACUACAAGCCGCAGGAGCCCAAUGGCUGCAGCUCCUACUUCCUGGGUCUCAAGGUACCAGAAAGUAUGGACUUGGGCAUCCCAGCAAUGACCAAGUGCUGCAACCAGCUGGAUGCCUGUUAUGACACCUGCGGUGCCAACAAGUAUCGCUGUGAUGCAAAAUUCCGAUGGUGCCUCCACUCUAUCUGCUCUGACCUUAAGCGAAGUCUGGGCUUCGUCUCCAACGUGGCAAUAGCAUGUGAUUCCCUGGCUGAUACCGUGUUUAAUACUGUAUGGACUUUGGGCUGCCGACCCUUUAUGAAUAGUCAACGGGCAGCCUGCAUCUGCGCAGAAGAGGAGAAAGAAGAGUUAUAGGGAAGAGGUGUCUCCUUUUUGGUUUUGCGUUGACACCACGGCUGUCAGUCUCGGAGAUGGUAGUGUGGCAGAUGUGUCUCAUCCUUUCUUCCAAGGAUUUGGAUACCACCAAGCAGGAGAAAGGAAAUAGUCUACAGCCAAAAAGUGAGUCCCAUCCUUUGAGGAUAAUUGGAAAAAAGACGUGGAGUGAACUGAAGGCGACUCGUCACUUUAACACUGGUCUCUCCAACCAAGACACAUUUGCCUGGAAAUUCAGUUCUUAACUUAAAGACUAAAAUAAAGACUAACUACUGGGAUUCUUGGACUUGAUAAUUCUAUUCACAAGUGAAAUUUUGGAGAGUCCAGCCAUUUGGGAGGCAAUGACUUUCCAGCCAUUUGGGAGGCAAGGACCAAUAAUCUGGUCCAUGUUUCAGUUGCCAGUAAGGAUCUCACAUAUAAUAAAGUGUACUUUUUAGAAAAUUUGAAAAGAGAUGAAUGAAUCUCAUUAUCACCAACACGCUUCCUUUUCACUUAGAAGAAAACAGAACCAACCUGGUAAGUUCCGCCGAUGAUACGUUAUUCCCGCUGGUGCUGAAGAGAUUGGAAGCGGUGGGCAGAGGCUUACCUGACCAAAGCCACGGAGGUGGAGGUCAGGUGGAGUUGGGUCUGAGGUUCCAUUUUUUUCAUUCAAUCAACUAUUCCUGUUGAUACCCCCAAGUACUAGGUGGUCUCCGUGUCGUGUGAAGAUCUGAGGAGCACUGGGUAAAAACUGCCACUAAAGAUCACUUAGAAAAGCCCCUAAAAUCUGAGGGGCAUGAGAGACAAAUGGCCAUUCCCAGAGCGUGGUUCUCAGCCCUGAUGGCAAAUUAGAAUCACCGGAGGAGCACUAGCAACAGAGUCUCUAGGGGUGGUAUCUACAGACAGGCAUACCUUUCAUUGCGCUUGGCUUUCUUGCCCUUCACAGGUGUUGCGUUUUCUAGAAAUUGAAGGCAAGACCUUCUACCAGGAAAAAGAUUAUGACUCGCUUUGUUGUGAGACUCAGUUUAUUGUCGUGGUCUGGGAGCAGACUGGAAAUAUCUCUGAGGUUUGCCUCUGCUGGCAAUUUAUAAAGUGACUCUGAUGCCCCGUGAGGCCUGAGGGCCACCAAGGUCAGGGGCUGGCAAAUGAAAGCCCAUGGACUGAAUCAGGCCCAGCACCUGCUGCUGGGAAGUGUUACUGGAACAUAACCAUGCCCACGUGUGUUCAUGGCUGCUCCCGGGCUGCCAGAGCAGAGUUGUGGCAGAGACGGCAUGGCCCAGAAAGCCUAAAACAGUUACCAUGAGGCCCUUACAGAAAAAUUCGGCAAACCCCUGAUGGAGUUCACUUUCUCCUUUCCUUUCCUUUUGUUAAUUUCACUGGUUCCAUUAAGAAUUGUUGAUUGCAGCCAUUUCUAAAAA